AUGGAAUUCCCCUUUGGGUCUUUGGAAACUACCAACUUCCGUCAGUUCACCCCAGAGUCCCUGGUGGAGAUUGAGAAGCAAAUCCAGGCAGAGAAGGCAGCAAAGAAAACCCGAGAAAAGCACAAGGAGCCAAAGAAUGAAGAGGAGAAGCCUCGGCCCCAGCUAGACCUGAAGGCCUGCAACCAGCUGCCCAAGUUCUACGGCGAGCUGCCGAAUGAAUUGGUUGGGAUACCCCUGGAGGACCUGGACCCCUUCUAUAAGACACACAGGACAUUCAUGGUGCUGAACAAAGGAAGAACCAUUUCUCGGUUUAGUGCCACGAAGGCUCUGUGGCUAUUCAGCCCUUUCCACCGGAUCAGAAGAACUGCCAUCAAAGUGUCAGUCCACUCAUGGUUCAGCGUCUUCAUCACCGUUACCAUCUUGGUCAACUGCGUGUUCAUGACCCAGACAGACUUCUCAGAAGUGAUUGAGUAUGUUUUCACUGGCAUUUACACUUUUGAAGCCUUGAUAAAGAUACUGGCAAGAGGAUUUUGUCUAAACGAGUUUACGUACCUGAGAGAUCCAUGGAACUGGCUGGAUUUUAGUGUCAUUACUCUGGCAUACAUUGGCGAAGCAAUAGACUUGAGAGGAAUCUCGGGCCUGCGGACAUUCAGAGUCCUUAGAGCUUUAAAAACAGUCUCUGUGAUCCCAGGGCUGAAGGUCAUCGUGGGGGCCCUGAUCCACUCGGUGAAGAAGCUGGCUGACGUCACCAUCCUCACCGUCUUCUGCCUGAGUGUCUUUGCCCUGGUGGGCCUCCAGCUCUUCAAGGGCAACCUCAAGAACAGAUGCACCAAAAACUGCACUUUCUUUCAGAACAUGAGCAACUCCUCUUAUGAGGACUAUGAGUGGAAUUUUUGCCGCAAUGAUUCAGGUCUGGAUAGCAAAGGGUAUUACCUUAUCAAAAAGGAGGGAACUUCUGAUUACUUACUGUGUGGCAACGGGACAGAUUCGGGACACUGCCCUAAAGGUUAUUUCUGCUUUAAAUCAAUGGAAAAUCCAGACUCCAACUACACCAGCUUCGAUUCCUUUGCCUGGGCUUUUCUCUCGUUGUUCCGUCUCAUGACACAGGAUUCCUGGGAACGUCUCUACCAGCAGACCCUGAGGGCUUCUGGGAAAAUCUAUAUGAUCUUUUUCGUGCUUGUCAUCUUCCUGGGAUCUUUCUAUCUGGUCAACCUGAUCUUGGCGGUGGUCACCAUGGCAUAUCAGGAGCAGAACCAGGCCACUCUGGAUGAAAUUGAAGCAAAGGAGAGGAAGUUCCAAGAGACCCUGGAGCUGCUCCGGAAGGAACAGGAGGUCCUGGCAGUACUGGGGAUUGAAACUGCCUCUCUCCACUCCCACAAUGAGUCCUCAUUACCCUCCAAACACGCCAAUGAGAAAAAGCACGGGACAAACCCCAAAGUGUCAGAGGGCUCCAUCGAUGACAACAAAUCCCCCCAGUCUGAGCCCUACAACCAACGCAGGAUGUCUUUCCUAGGCCUUGCUUCUGGAAGACGACGGGCUAGCCAUGGCAGUGUGUUUCAUUUCCGGACUCCGGGCAGAGACUUAUCAUUCCCUGAUGGAGUCACAGAUGAUGGGGUCUUCUCUGGAGACCGUGAAAGCCACCGAGGCUCUAUGCUACUAGGUGGGCACGCGGGCCAACAAGGCCCCCAUGCUAGAAGCUCACUGUCUCCACCUCCCAACCCGGGCUCGGGUCAUGGUGAAGAUGGACACCUCACACUGCCCACCAGCGAGCUGACCCCUGGCACCAUGGAUGGCUCGGCACUUGAUGGAGGACAGAAGACUUUCCUGUCAGCAGAAUAUUUGAACGAGCCCUUCCGGAUCCAAAGGGCAAUGAGUGUUGUCAGUAUCAUGACCUCGGUCCUGGAGGAACUCGGGGAGCCUCAGCGGAGAUGCCCGCCUUGUUUCACCAACCUGGCUCAGAAGUACCUGAUCUGGGAGUGCUGCGCCACGUGGAAGAAGCUCAAGACACGACUUUUUGAGAUUGUGACGGACCCGUUCGCGGAGCUGGCCAUCACCUUGUGCAUUGUGGUGAACACCGUCUUUAUGGCCAUGGAGCACCACGGCAUGAGCCCAGGCUUCGAAACCAUGCUGCAGAUCGGCAACAUUGUCUUCACGAUCUUUUUCACUACUGAGAUGGUUUUCAAAAUCAUUGCCUUCGACCCCUACUAUUACUUCCAGAAGAGGUGGAACAUCUUCGACUGCAUCAUCGUCACCGUGAGCCUGAUGGAGCUGGGCAUGGCCAAGAAGGGGAGCCUGUCAGUGCUGCGGACCUUCCGCCUGCUGCGUGUCUUCAAGUUAGCCAAGUCGUGGCCAACCUUAAACACUCUCAUUAAGAUCAUCGGCAACUCGGUGGGUGCGCUGGGGAACCUCACCAUCAUCCUGGCCAUCAUAGUGUUUGUCUUCGCUCUGGUGGGCAAGCAGCUCCUGGGGGACGACUACCGCAAGAUCUUGUACAACACGUCCUUUGUAGACAAGCCUCGGUGGCACAUGAACGACUUCUUCCACUCCUUCCUCGUCGUCUUCCGCAUCCUCUGUGGGGAGUGGAUUGAGAACAUGUGGGUUUGCAUGGAUGUCAGCCAGAAAUCCGUGUGCCUCAUUCUCUUCUUGAUGGUGAUGGUGCUGGGGAACCUGGUGGUGCUCAACCUGUUCAUUGCCCUGCUGCUGAAUUCUUUCAGCGCUGACAACCUCGCAGCCCCGGAGGACGACGGGGAGGUGAACAAUCUGCAGGUGGCGCUGGCGCGCAUCCAGGUGUUCAGCUGUCGCUGCAGGGAAGCCUUCUGUGGCUUCUUGCACAGGCCAUGCCUGCUGCCCAAGCCCAAGAAGGAGUCCCAGCUGGCGGUGAAAAUCCCGCUCUCCAGCUCCAAAGCUGAGAAUCACAUUGCAGCUGACGCCGCGGUGGGGAACCCUGGAGGGACCCUGGCCCUCAAAGGCCCCAAGGAUGAGCACAGCGACUUCAUCACCAAUCCCAGUGUGUGGGUCUCUGUGCCCAUUGCUGAGGGUGAAUCGGACCUUGAAGACUUGGAGGAGGAGGAGGAGGGAGAGGAUGCUAAGAGCUCCCAACAAGGAGUGGUCCCCCAAGGUCAGCAGGAGCAACCGCAGCAAGGUGAGAGGUUUGAGGACCACCUGGCACCCAGGAGCCCAGGUUCUCGCUUGUCCUCUGAGGACCUGGCUCCGUAUCUGGGGGAGAAGAGGCCAGAGGACGCUGACCCCAAGAACCCUGCAGAGGGUGUGGAUGACACGAGCUCUUCAGAGGGCAGCACGGUGGACUGCCCGGACCCAGAGGAGAUCUUGAGGAAGAUCCCUGAGCUGGUGGACGAGCUCGAGGAGCCAGACGACUGCUUCACAGAAGGCUGCAUGCGCCGCUGCCCGUCCUGCAGAGUGGACACCUCCAAGGCCCCGUGGAGCGUGGGCUGGCGGCUCCGUAAGACCUGCUUCCUCAUCGUGGAGCACAGCUGGUUCGAGAGUUUCAUCAUCUUCAUGAUUCUGCUCAGCAGCGGAGCGCUGGCCUUUGAAGACUACUAUCUUGAAGAGAAGCCCACAGUGAAAGCCUUGCUGGAGUACACUGACCGAGUGUUCACAUUCAUCUUUGUGUUGGAGAUGCUGCUCAAAUGGGUGGCCUAUGGCUUCAAAAAUUACUUCACCAACGCCUGGUGCUGGCUGGACUUCCUCAUUGUGAACAUCUCACUGACAAGCCUGAUUGCAAAGAUCCUGGAGUAUUCGGACAUGGCCCCCAUCAAAGCCCUGCGGACCCUCCGUGCCCUGAGGCCGCUGCGUGCUCUGUCUCGGUUCGAAGGCAUGCGGGUGGUCGUGGAUGCCCUGGUGGGCGCCAUCCCGUCCAUCAUGAACGUCCUCCUCGUCUGCCUCAUCUUCUGGCUUAUCUUCAGCAUCAUGGGCGUGAACCUCUUUGCCGGCAAGUUUUGGAAAUGCAUCAACACUAAUGACUUUCGUGCUGUGGACUGGAAUACUGUGACCAACAAGUCUGACUGCAAACAGCAGAACGACACCGGGAGAUUGUUCUGGGUCAAUGUGAAGGUCAAUUUUGAUAACGUUGCGAUGGGUUACCUUGCACUUCUUCAGGUGGCAACCUUUAAAGGCUGGAUGGAUAUCAUGUAUGCGGCCGUUGAUUCCCGAGAGGUGGACGUGCAGCCCAAAUGGGAAGACAACUUGUACAUGUACUUGUACUUCGUCAUCUUCAUCAUUUUCGGUGGCUUCUUCACACUGAAUCUCUUCGUUGGGGUCAUAAUCGACAACUUCAAUCAACAGAAGAAAAAGUUAGGGGGUCAGGACAUCUUCAUGACAGAGGAACAGAAGAAGUACUAUAAUGCCAUGAAGAAGCUAGGCUCCAAGAAACCCCAGAAGCCCAUCCCACGGCCCCUGAACAAGUACCAAGGCUUUGUCUUUGACAUUGUGACCAGACAAGCUUUUGACGUCGUCAUCAUGGUCCUCAUCUGCCUCAACAUGAUCACCAUGAUGGUGGAAACUGAUGAGCAGAGUGAAGAAAAGACCAAAGUCCUCAACAAGAUCAACCAGUUCUUUGUGGCCGUCUUCACGGGGGAGUGUGUCAUGAAGAUGUUCGCCCUGAGACAGUACUACUUCACCAACGGCUGGAAUGUGUUCGACUUCAUCGUCGUGGUCCUCUCCAUUGGGAGCCUGGUGCUUUCUGCGAUCAUGAAGUCACUUGCAAAUUUCUUCUCCCCGACCCUUUUCCGUGUCAUCCGCCUGGCCCGCAUCGGUCGCAUCCUCAGGCUCAUCCGAGCAGCCAAGGGCAUCCGGACGCUGCUCUUCGCCCUCAUGAUGUCCCUGCCCGCGCUCUUCAACAUCGGCCUGCUCCUCUUCCUCGUCAUGUUCAUCUACUCCAUCUUCGGCAUGGCCAGCUUCCCCCAUGUGAGGCCAGAGGCCGGCAUCGACGACAUGUUCAACUUCCGGACCUUCGCCAACAGCAUGCUGUGUCUGUUCCAGAUCACCACGUCGGCCGGCUGGGACGGGCUCCUCAGCCCCAUCCUCAACACCGGGCCUCCCUACUGCGACCCAAAUAAGCCCGUGCGCAAUGACACCAGGGGGGACUGCGGGAGCCCCGGUGUGGGCAUCGUCUUCUUCACCACUUACCUCAUCAUCUCCUUCCUCAUUGUGGUCAACAUGUACAUCGCCGUGAUUCUGGAGAACUUCAACGUGGCCACGGAGGAGAGCACUGAGCCGCUGAGCGAGGAUGACUUCGACAUGUUCUACGAGACGUGGGAGAAGUUCGACCCCGAGGCCACGCAGUUCAUUACCUUUUCUGCCCUCUCGGACUUUGCAGACACCCUCACUGGCCCCCUGCGAAUCCCCAAACCCAAUCAGAAUAUGUUAAUCCAGAUGGACCUGCCGUUGGUUCCUGGAGACAAGAUCCACUGCUUGGAUAUCCUUUUUGCCUUCACCAAGAACGUGUUGGGAGAAUCUGGGGAGUUGGACUCGCUGAAGGCAAAUAUGGAGGAGAAGUUUAUGGCAACUAAUCUCUCAAGUGCAUCCUAUGAACCAAUAGCCACUACACUGCGGUGGAAACAAGAGGACAUUUCAGCCACUGUCAUCCAAAAGGCCUAUCGGAGCUACGUGCUGCACCGGAUCCUGACAGUGUCCCACCCCUCAGGUGUGCCGAGGGAAGAGGAGGGGCCUGGGUCACCCACAGAGGAAGGUUUGGUUGCAUUCAUGACCGAUGAGAAUUGCGCACUCCCAGACAAAUCGGAAACUUCAUCGGUCACAUCAUUCCCACCGUCUUAUGACAGUGUCACUAGAGGCCUGAGUGACAGGGCCCAGAUGAGCACAUCCAGCUCAAUCCACAAUGAAGAUGAAACCACAAGGAAGGAGACACCUGCCCAAGAGCCCCAUUGA